AUGAAUCAGCGCCGAUUCUUCAACGUCUGGACUCCGGAAAACCCCCGAGCCUCAGGACCUCCCCGUUUGAUAUCACAUAGACAGCGUGGGAUCCGCCCUUCCCUUCUGAAUACUCUGAAGGACAAAGUUGUUGUCCUCACGGGCGGGUCCACCGGCAUCGGACGAUGCGCCGUUGAGCAGUUCCACGAACAUGGAGCAAGAGUCGUAUUUGGCGACGUGUCCUUAGACGCAGGCCGUGAGCUGGCGACACGCCUCGGGCCAGGAGUUCGGUUCCUUCCUUGCGACUCCUCAUCGUACACAGAUCAACUGGAGCUCUUCCGGGAGGCAGGGCAAGCAUUCGGCGGUGUGGACAUCGUGGUCGCGAAUUCAGGCAUCGCCAACCACAAGGAUAUCUUCGACCCGUCGUGCGAUAUCAACGUGGAGCCGUCGAUGAAAGAGAUUGACGUCAACCUGAAGGGCGCAUUGUAUAGCACCCGCAUUGGCCUGCAUUACCUCCGGCAACGUAAUGGUGGCGAUGUGGUACUUGUGAGCAGUAUUUCCGGGUUCAAGGAGUGUGUCGGUUUGGGCACGUACACUGCUAGUAAGCAUGGGGUGGUUGGGAUCGUGAGAGGACUGCACUUGCAGUCGAUUCCUGAGAACAUCAGGAUCAACGUCAUCUGUCCUUGGAUGACUAGUGAGUGCUUCUAG